AUGACGACGUUAACGCACCGAGGACGGCGUGCUGAGGCGGGAAGGAACUCGGACAAGAAGCACAACAGUGAGGAAGAUGCGGUUGCAGACAGAGACCUGAAUGAUGAUGAUCCUGAUGACUCCAAAGAUAUCCGCCUCACGCUGAUGGAGGAGGUGCUGCUGCUGGGGCUGAAGGACAAGGAGGGUUACACCUCCUUCUGGAAUGACUGCAUCUCCUCCGGCCUGCGGGGCGGCAUCCUCAUCGAGCUGGCUCUGCGUGGCCGGAUCUGCCUGGAGCAGCUCUCCAUCAGGAAGAAAAGGCUGCUGGAGAGGAAGGUGCUUCUGAAGUCGGACGCACCAACUGGUGAUGUCUUGCUGGAUGAGACCCUCCGACACAUCAAGGCCACAGAGUCAGCAGAAACGGUGCAGACUUGGAUAGAGCUACUCACUGGGGAGACCUGGAACCCCUUCAAGCUGCAGUACCAGCUGAGGAAUGUGCGCGAGCGCAUUGCCAAAGCGCUAGUGGAGAAAGGUAUCCUCACCACAGAGAAGCAGAACUUCCUGCUCUUUGACAUGACCACUCACCCUGUCAGCAAUGCCACCGAGAAACAGCGCUUGGUGAAGAAGCUCCAGGAGAGCAUGCUGGAGCGGUGGGUAAAUGACCCCCAGCGCAUGGACCGCAGGACUCUGGCUCUCCUGGUGCUGGCCCACUCCUCAGAUGUACUGGAGAAUGUUUUCGCCAGCCUGACAGAUGACAAGUACGAUGUGGCAAUGAACAGGACCAAGGACCUCCUCGAUAUGGAUCCUGAGGUGGAAGCUGCCAAAGCCAGGGGCGCAGAGAUGAUCUGGGCUGUCCUGGCAGCCUUCAAUAAGUCCUAA